GGCAGAUGGCUCUUCCUCGUAGGGUGUGUGUGAGUGUGUGUCGUUUGUUUACCGUUCGAUGCGUCGCUCCGGUGCGUGUUUCAUUCCCGUCCGUCUCCGUUGAGUCACCGGACAGUGUUCAUGUUGUGCGGGCUGCUGUUUUCCACCGCUCAUCUGUGUAAAUAUGACGGGAGAGAAGAUCCGCUCGGUGCGCAAAGAGCGCAAAGCGGGUUUGGAUCUGCUGGAACCGGACGAGGAGCCGGCGGCCACCGGGCCGAUCAAAGCCAACCGGGGCGGCAAGAUCCUCAGCGGCGGAAACCACAAGAUCCUCCGGAACCAGAGCCACGGGGACACUGACAGCGCGUACCCCGUGCAUGAGUGCGUGUUCAGGGGCGACGUGCGGAGGCUGUCAUCGCUCAUCCGGACGCAGAACAUCGCGCAGAAAGACGUGCACGGAAACACCCCCCUUCACCUGGCUGUAAUGAUGGGUCAUAAAGAAUGUGCCCAUCUCCUGCUGGCCCAUAAUGCACCAGUGAAGGUGAAAAACGCUCAGGGAUGGAGUCCGCUCGCUGAGGCCAUCAGCUACGGAGACCGACAGAUGAUCACUGCUCUGCUGAGGAAGCUAAAGCAGCAGUCACGAGAGAGUGUGGAGGACAAGAGACCUCGUCUGCUCAAAGCACUGAAAGAGCUGGGUGACUUCUAUCUGGAGCUGCACUGGGACUUCCAGAGCUGGGUGCCUUUACUCUCAAGGAUUCUACCCUCUGACGCCUGUAAGAUCUACAAGCAGGGCAUCAACAUCAGGCUGGACACUACACUGAUUGACUUCACUGAUAUGAAAUGUCAGCGAGGAGACCUGAGCUUCAUCUUCUGUGGAGACGCAGCUCCCUCCGAGUCCUUCGUGGUUCUGGACAACGAGCAGAAGGUUUAUCAGCGGAUUCAUCAUGAGGAGUCAGAGAUGGAGACGGAGGAGGAGGUGGACAUCCUGAUGAGCAGCGACAUCUACUCAGCUACGCUCUCCACUAAAUCCAUCACCUUCUCCCGCGCUCAGACCGGCUGGCUCUUCAGAGAGGACAAGACCGAGCGAGUGGGGAACUUCCUGGCCGACUUCUACAUGGUCAACGGUCUGGUUCUGGAGUCCAGGAAGAGACGAGAACAUCUGAGCGAGGAGGACAUCCUGAGGAACAAGGCCAUCAUGGAGAGCUUCAGCAAAGGAGGGAGCAUCAUUGAGCAGAGCUUCGAGCCGGUGAGACGUCAGUCGCUGACCGCUCCGUCACCGAACACUAUCUCCUGGGAGGAGUACAUCACCGCGGAGACGGGCAAGGCUCCUCAUCUGGGCCGAGAGCUCGUGUGCAAAGAGAGCAAGAAGAACUUCAAAGCAACCGUAGCCAUGAGUCAGGACUUUCCUCUGGGCAUCGAGUCGCUGUUAAAUGUUUUGGAGGUCAUCGCACCCUUCAAGCACUUUAAUAAACUCAGAGAAUUUGUUCAGAUGAAGCUUCCGCCUGGAUUUCCUGUUAAACUAGACAUCCCCGUUUUCCCCACCAUCACUGCCACCGUGACCUUUCAGGAGUUCCGUUACGACGAGUUCGACGACUCCAUUUUUACGAUUCCCAGCGACUACAAAGAGGAUCCCAGCCGCUUCCCGGACCUCUGAGCCGGCCCCCGUCCCGCUUCGCCCCGCCUCCAUCUCCUCCAUCUCCCUCCGCUCACCUCCGAGUCCAGACCCGCUGCAGAUGGACGUGUGUGUAGGAAAUACUCGACGUCAAACGAACACAAAGGGAUCGCGCCGAGGCGAGUGUGAACGGGAAGCUGCACUACACGCCGGAGCUCCGGACCGGUACGCUAGAAAACGCGGAGCGUCGCUUCACGCCACCUCUGUAACUGGCAGGAAAUACGGCAUUAUAAAUUAUUACACAAGCCGAGUUUUCAUAUAUAUCUUUGUACAACUGUUACAAACUUGUAUACUUCACUUAAAAGGAAACGUGUAUAUUUAGGGAAGAAGCGGAAGGCGUCUGUAUAUGAUUUGAGUUGUAUGAAACCCGUCACAGAAUGCCGUGUCUGUCGUUUCGACGAACUUUGUGUAAAUACCACUUCCUUCUCCGGUUGGUUUGCCCGUUGCAUUAUGGGAAACGGGCUCGUUCACUCUGCCCUUCACUAUGUGUUCGUUCGGAGCGCUUGCUUUCUCACAUUCUAGUAGAGGACCGUACCGGAACCGGAUGUAAAUGUAGCAGGAAUGGACGGGACUUUCACGUUACUUUCACCUUAAUAGACGGAUGUAAAUACAUUCAAAGUUAAAUAUGUUUUCCGACGUAGUAUAAUCGACUGACGUAUAACUGGUUGAUGUAUAACUGACGAGUAUGUUUAUUGAGAUAUUAGUGAUACGGCGGAGACAUCUUUCCCGAGUGUUUUAUAUGUGUGUGUUUGCUGUGUGCCGAGGGAAGAGGAGCUCACGUCACGUUUGCACCAGCAAUAUCCCGCUCAACCGUUUUUCUUUUAUGUCUCUCGUUUCGUUUUGUCCUUAUCCGAAUGGAAACGUGCCGCGACGCUUCCAGGACCCACUACUGGUUAGUGUGGAAACCCAUGUGUUUUGCCGUUUUCCUUUUUUAUUCUUGUUGUGUUGCCGGCUUCUUUUUUUUUCCCUCCCCUGUGUUUCACGUCCUUGUUUUUAGAGUUGCUUUCGGUAAUUCCUCAGAUUUUUCUCCCAAACGCACCGAACUCUCGGAUGUACAGCAGGAACCUUGUAUGAACCUGCUGCACUUUUAUACGACAAAUUGUAAUUAAUAAAAAUGUCCAUGUAUCA